UGGGUAUGAUUGUGCCUCUUUCUCCUUCCAUGAAUGUGUGGUUCCUGUGUGGUUUCAAUUACUGUCUAACUCCCACUGGCGGAACCAAGGGCUCUCAGCCCCACCUUCUCCUAACCCGAAGACUCAAUCCAGUCCUCUCAAGGCUGGCACUACAGGUGGAACUGCAGCAGGGAAUGACUCUGCUCAUAACGUACUAGUAUAGCUUUGUGCUGGUGUUGAUGCUUCAGCCCCACCUUCUCCCAACUUGGAGACUCAGUUCAGUCCUCCCGAGGCUGGAGCUUCAGGACCACCAGCCCCACCAAUGGAGACAGGUUCUCCCUCGCCUCCUCCUCCUCCUCCUCCUCCUUCCUUGAAUCGUCGAACCAGGAUGCGGCUGAAGAAACAGCAUUACCGCACGCUGUUGAGGAAUUUGGGACCGAAAGGUGGCAUGAAGUCAAAUCACGUGCGUUUCUAAAUGUAGAUCAUUGAACUCCUAAGGAUUUGAGUGACAAAUGGAAGUCUUUGAUUCGUACCGCAAAACUCUGUCCUGAGAAAAGAAGGGGAGUGCAUCUUGCCCAGCAUCUUCUGGACAGAGUAUUGGUUGUCCAAUGCAAGGGAUCCAUAAACCCUAUACCUGAGGGAACUGUUUCUGCCCGGACUGAGGGCAUUGUACCUCGCCAGGUCAUGCAUUUUCCUCAGGCCCCUCCCCCUCCCGAGCACAUGGCUGUCGUUGAGGGAUAGUCUGUUACCUCAGUCUAUGGCAGUUUGCCUCUGGAGAUGGUUGCCAGUGAGGAAACCGGUGUUGCUGCUGGAACUGUUUCUGCCCGGACUGAGGGCGUUGUACCUUGCCAGGUCAUGCAUUUUCCUCAGGCCCCUCUCUCUCCCGAGCACAUGGCUGUCGUUGAGGGACAGCCUGAUACCUCAGUCGAUGGCAGUUUGCCUCUGGAGAUGGUUGCCAGUGAGGAAACCGGUGUUGCUGCUGGAACUGUUUCUGCCCGGACUGAGGGCGUUGUACCUCGCCAGGUCAUGCAUUUUCCUCAGGCCCCUCUCCCUCCCGAGCACAUGGCUGUCGUUGAGGGACAGUUUGAUACCUCAAUCGAUGGCAGUUUGCCUCUGAAGAUGGUUGCCAGUGAGGAAACCGGUGUUGCUGCUAUACCCGCUGCUGCUAGAUACCCUCUUCAGUUUGAACCCCUUGUUCCCCGCUUUGACGCCCCAGAUGCUGUGCAUGAGGGGUACAACUUAUACUCACUGAUCUGUCUCAGUGAUCCCUCUGUUCUGGAGUCCUUAAAUGCUGCUGGGAUAACAAAGAUUGUGCAGUAUCUGCGGGGCGCGUACAAGGCUGCUGACUUCAAGAAAGAUAGUGUCUUAAGAAAUCUGGUCAAGCAAAUGGCGGGCCCGGAUCCCACGGUUGGGCAAUGCUUAGCAAUGUGCUGCGACUCUUCAGCAGGAAGGAUGCUGAGGACGAUUGCACAUUCAUGUGACUACUUGGGACUGAUGGUUGCGGAAGUUUUGGGGCUGCAUAAGAGUAAAAUUUUGGCAAUGAUAGAGGAGGAUUAGUCUUGUUGUGGUCUGCGUCGCUAACUAGGUCUUAUGAACACAGCGUUUGUAUAGUUUAAUGUGGUUAACUUCAUUUCCACUGUUUUACUUUUGGGUAGUUUGUUCACAGCGUUUAUAUGUUAUCCAUGCUUGAAAAACCAUUCAUCAUGUCAUGCAUUCAUAUACUAAUCGUUGGCUAGAUUCAAAUUUGAC